AUGCUGGGGAAGUCCAAGCUCAGCCUGCACCUCUGUCAUGUCUCGCCUUUUUUUCCAGCUGUGGAGUCCACGCUGCCGGAAAGAGGGGUGGAUGGACUGAAAGAAGACUGCAGGAUCAUUGGGCUGCUCUACACCGCCAAGAUGAACAGAAAGAGCAGAUCCAGUCGCUCACCCCGGCCCAAGAACAUGGGACCUCUGCCUCAGUUUGACAUCAAGGAGAAUGACCGUAACUCUGUUGGAGAUCUGCGUAAGUUUGAGAAGAAGGUGGAUCAAGCUCUGGUCAGAGCUGCAGAAAACCUGACAAUCCUGAACAGUAUUCAAGAGACUCUCCAAACAGGUUUGUCUCAACAAGUAGAAAAAGAGAAGUCUCGCCUGCAGUUGGAGAUCACCCAUGCUACCGCCAAAGCCAUUCAUGGCCUUCAGAAGUGGAAAGACUGUCAGUUGGAGAAGCUCACUAUGGUGGAGUCCUACUUCCUCAACACUAAAACACAGAUGGAAAAAGCUGAGGAGAGAAAGAGGAGCCUCCUGCUCGCCAUGCAAAAGGCCAGAGAAGUGCGGCGACUCAAGUUCCUGGAGAAAUACUGCCCGCUCGACAAGGUGUUGGAGACUUUGCAGGCCCCGGUGGAAAACCAGUUUGAUCUGGACUGUCUCUCUGAGAAUACAGGACUAAGAUGUGCCCUCACCUCUCACUCUGUGAAUGAGAGAUUCAGCCUGGUGCUGGACUUCUCCUCAAACCAAAAGGACCUGAAGCAGAGUGACUUGGCUCAGUGGCUCCAAACUAAUGGUGGUGGUAGCAGCCUGUCUCAGGCCACUGCCCCCUGCAGCAGCAGUGGCAGCAGCAGCAGCAGCAGUAGUUCCUCCUCAGUCUCCUCCAGCUCCAGCGUGUCCCGCCGGAAAUCCAUAGACCUGGCUCCUGACAUAGUGAUAGAGGAGGUGCUGGAGAACGACCAGCCGGUAUCCCUUCCUCCUACUGACCUCCUAUUGGCCAAUAAGACGACCAGGGACAAGAGGAGGAAGCCGCUGUCCACGAGCUACACUAGAACUGUGACUCAGUAUGUGGUGGUGAGCCAUGUGGUGAACCCCAAUCACUUCUAUGUGCAGUAUCUGGCUGAGAAGAGGGAGGGCGAGCUGUGGUCCAAGAAGAUCCAAAUGUUCUGCUCCAAACCCAGCAGCCUCCUGUGCGCCCGCCACACGCUGGACACAGGAUCUAUGAUAUUUGUUAAAUAUGAAGACAGUCUUUGGCACCGAGCCAAAGUGACAGAGGUGUCUCAGGUUGGAUGCACUGGGACGGUCCAGUGCUGCCCAGUCACACAGAUGGCCAGUGUGCAAGUCUUCUUCAUGGACAUGGGUUUGACCACAUCCAUCACCAUCAAAAGUGAGGACAGAGAGUCCGAGGUGUUCCUGAAAGCUGUCAACAAGUACCUGCGCAGAAUGGUGGAUGUCGCCAAAGCUGACCUGGACGCCUUCUCUCCACUGGCCAUCCGCUGCUGCCUGAAGGACCUGGUGCCUUACGACCUGACCAAAGGGUGGACGAAGGAGGCGCAGAUGGAGUUCCGAAACAUGGUUCUGUCCACUGCGGUGAAGAUGCAGAACAUGGGACAGGACAAAGACGCUCUGCUUGUGGACUUAAAGAAAGUUCCUGUAAGUGGAGCCAGCGGCUCCUACAUAUCAGUUCGGGAUCACUUGGUUUUCAUUGAAGUGGCCAGGUUCUACUCCCCUGUGAUGGCGAGUAAGAAGCCUCUGUUGUACUACCCUCCGAUCAGCCCCAGGCUCUACACCGAGCUCAACGCUGUGGUGUCCUACAUCCACUCCCCUGGAGACUUCUACAUCCAACUGGUGGACAACAUGGAGUCUCUUCUCCUGAAAGAUAAACUGCAGAGUUUUUAUAAUGCCCCCCCAGAGACUGAACAAGAAGAGCUCUGCAUCUACUGCCCAGUGAUCGGAGAGGCCUGUGUGGCUCUGUUUGAAGGCAUGUGGUACAGGGCUCAAAUCACAGGUCAUCCAGGUGGCAGAAAGGUGGAGGUGAUGUACGUGGACUUUGGAAAUAAAGAAAUCCUGUCGAUCUCAGACCUGAGGAAAAUCAAGGAUGAGUUCUUCUCCCUCCCGGCCAUGGCUAUCCAUUGUUGCAUUUCUAGUGUGGUUCCUCUGGAUGGACGGAACUGGAGUGAAGCAUGUACAUCACGCUUCAUCAGCCUUGCCAACCAGAAACUGGUCGUAAUAUUGGCUACAGCGAAUCAAUUGCGAUCAUCUGGACUCAUUCCUAUCAAAGUGUUUGAGAUUGGGCCAAAUGGGCUUCUGGGAAGUAUUGGGGAUAAACUGGUGGAAGAGGAGCUGGCCUGUGUAAGAGAAAGGUCCAACAAACGCAUUGGUGAUGACAGUGUGAUGUGGGACCCCCCUCUGGAGCAGGACGCAGACAGGGCAGGUGCAGAAGAUGCCCUGAGUGGCUGCCCAGAGUUCCAGCCUCAGCUGCAGUUACCUGCUCAGCUCAAAGAGGUCAAAGUACGGGUCAGCCAUGUCACCUCCCCCAGCAGCUUCUAUGUGCAGCUCAUCAAGCACGAUCCCUGGCUCAAGAGGGUGUGCGAGCUGCUCAAACAGAGGUGUUCUCUCAGCGAGCCUGAGGACGUGGUCUGGAAGGAGGGCAUGUUCUGUGCAGCUCACAUAAACGGCGUUUGGGAGAGGGCUCAAGUUUGCGCUGAUGUCCUGUCCAACAACAUUGCAGAGGUAUUUCGCUGUGAUCAUGGGAACAAGGCCAAGGUGCACAUAAGCAACCUGCUGCCUCUGCCUUCAGAGCUGGUCGGCUCUUUGGCCCUGGAGUGUACUCUCUGCGACAUCAGACCAGCAGGAGGCAGAUCCACCUGGACAGCGACUUCCUGUGACUUCAUCUCCUUCUACCUUAGCGGAGCUUCGGCUGUUCUCACAGCAAAGGAAGUGACUGAGGAGCGCCCCCUACCUGUCAUGCUGAUGUGCUCCAACACAACGGGCCAGUUAGUCAGCAUUGCAGACUCUCUGGUGAGCCAAGGCCUGGCCCUGCGAGAGAGAAGACCCGUGUCUAAUGUUCCUAACGGUUUGACUGAGGAGGUGGUGGAGAGCCCCAAAGACCCUCAAGACACUGACAGUUCUUCUGAUACUCGGCCCGAAGAGUCUCCUCUGAGUCCUGUCAGUGUCCUAUCAGCCAUUCGUCCCAAACCCUCGCCCCGCAGGUUUGGAAUCACUGAGAUGAGAAAGAGCCAUAGGAAGGCGGGAGGAGAGCUGAUUUAUUUAUGCAGCACAAGCCCAAAGAUCUGCACCCCAUUGUACCUGGCCCCAGAGCUGCCCUGCCCUGGCCACAUCCUCAUGACAGUGUCUGCCAUCGGAGACGAUGGAACCAUCUACGGCCGAACAACCAACGCAGAGCGGCAGUUGGAGCAGCUGAAGAAGCGGCUGCAGCAGAGCAUGAAGUUUAACGCUUGUCAGAAGAGCUACACCUGGAAGAGUGUUCAUGGCUGCAUCAUCUACGGCCCUGACAUGCUCUGGUAUCGAGGCCAGCGGCUGGAGGUGCUGGGCGGACACGUCAAGGUUCAGUACAUCGACUACGGGCAUGUGGAGAGCGUCCCUGUGGUCCAUGUUCACCCCAGAUUGCUGUUUGAGGAUGUGCCUCAGCUGUGUGUGCCCUGUGAGCUCUACGGCAUCACUCCGGUGGGAGGGCACUGGCAGAGGGAGGCUGUGGCUCUGCUCUCUGAGCUGUUGCUAAACCGCUGUGUGGAUGUGAACAUUAUGGAGCUGCCUGCGGACCCCCGGGGGCCUCUGACCGUGGAGCUGUUUGUGGACGGUCUGAGUCUCAGUGUCAUCAUGAGUGAAAACUGUCACGGCUCCUUGGACCCUGAGGUCAGACAGCAGGGAGUCUGCGAUCGCUCGGCCCCCACCUUCCUGGACGACUGGGACAUCGACACACAGGGCCUGCGGGAGGAGGAGCAGCCUCUGGGGGCUUUCAUUAACCCAGAACUGCCUCCAGACGGAGAGAACUUCCCUGUGAGAGUCAAGCACCUGUUGACGCCUAACGAGCUGUUCCUGUGGCCCCUGGAUUCACCGAGCAACAGUUUAGAGAUCGAUGGAGAAACUUUGGAUGAUGCUCUGAACAGAAUCAAUGAAAACAUUGACGCUGUGCCGCAACUCUGCAGCUUCUACAGAGGAGGUCCGUGUCUGGCAGAGUACAGUGAUGGCAAAUACUACAGAGCUACGAUCAUGGACAUCAGCCGCAUGGACCCCCUCCUCAUCGUCAUCCAACACGUGGACUACGGCUCUGACGACACGCUGCCCACCAAUAAGGUGCGGCAGAUGCCUCCAGAGCUGCUCUUGUUCCCCACAUGUGCCGUCAAAGUGAAGGUGUCGGGCUUCAAGGCUCCAGCGGAGAACCACCAGGAGAACAUGCUCUCCUACAGCCCAAGCUGGAGCGUCCGCGCCGCCACCCACAUGAUCGACCUGCUGCACGGAUAUGUCACAGCCUCAGUGCUGACGCAGAAACCAGAGGUCACGGUGUGCCUGUACAGCGAGGACGGCCAGCCGGUCUACAUGCCCCUGGUCAUCAGAGGACUGGCAGAGCUGGACUGA